AAUCUUCAUACAGGAGAACUGGCUGCUGUAAAAAUAAUCAAGUUAGAGCCUGGAGAUGACUUCUCAUUGAUACAGCAAGAAAUAUAUAUGGUUAAAGAAUGCAAGCAUUGCAACAUAGUCGCCUAUUUUGGGAGCUAUCUCAGCCGUGAAAAGCUGUGGAUAUGCAUGGAAUACUGCGGUGGGGGAUCCCUCCAAGAUAUUUACCAUGUAACAGGGCCUCUGUCAGAGUUACAAAUUGCAUAUGUAUGCAGAGAAACUUUACAGGGUCUUGCUUAUUUGCAUAUGAAGGGCAAAAUGCAUAGAGAUAUAAAGGGUGCAAAUAUUCUACUAACUGACCACGGAGAUGUCAAAUUAGCUGACUUCGGUGUAGCAGCAAAAAUAACAGCCACCAUUGCGAAGAGGAAAUCAUUUAUUGGUACCCCUUACUGGAUGGCCCCAGAAGUUGCAGCAGUGGAAAAGAAUGGUGGAUAUAACCAGCUCUGCGAUAUCUGGGCGGUUGGAAUAACAGCGAUUGAACUGGCAGAGCUUCAGCCACCCAUGUUUGAUCUUCACCCGAUGAGGGCUUUGUUUUUAAUGUCAAAAAGUAAUUUUCAACCGCCAAAGCUAAAGGAAAAAGCAAAAUGGUCAUCAACAUUCCAUAAUUUUGUCAAAAUAGCACUUACAAAAAAUCCAAAGAAGAGACCGACAGCAGACAGACUCCUUUCUCAUAGUUUUGUAGGGCAGCCUGGUCUUUCAAGAUCUUUAGCAGUUGAGCUGUUGGACAAAGUUAAUAAUCCUGACAACCAUACACACUAUGAAGUUGACGACGAUGAUUUUGAGCCUCACUCCGUUAUCCGCCAUACGAUUCGUUCUACGAACAGGAACGUUAGGGCAGAAAGAACGGCAUCGGAGAUAAACUUUGAUAAACUGCAGUUUGAGCCCCCUCUAAGGAAAGAAACAGAAGCCCGGGAUGAAAUGGUUGUGGCAGCUGGCACUGACUUUGCUUCGCAUUGGAAUCCUUUUGUUGAUGGCGGAAGCAGCAAGUCAACACUAAAGCGAGCAGGGCCACCUCCGCUACCUCCGAAGCCGAGAAUAAACAGUUAUCCCGAGGAAAACCUCCCAGAUGAUGAGAAGUGUCAGACAAUAAAACAUUUCCCAGACUCGCAGAACAGAGCCCCACCAGCUCACAGGAGACAAAGUAUCCCUGUUUGCGGGCCUCAGACUGAUUCUUCCCCCAUUGGAAAUGGGGAUGGCAUGUUGAAACUCAUUGAAGAAAAUGCAGAAGGGUCUGGACAAAUCCCUCAGCUGCCACGCAAAAAAGAGAAAAGAGAUUUUCCUAAGCCAGCAAUCAAUGGUUUACCACCAACACCGAAGGUGCUGAUGGGAGCGUGUUUUUCCAAAGUCUUUGAUGGUUGUCCUUUGAAAAUUAAUUGUGCAACAUCAUGGAUACAUCCAGAUACUAAAGAUCAGUACAUUAUCUUUGGCACGGAAGAAGGUAUCUAUACUUUGAAUUUGAAUGAACUUCACGAAGCAACAAUGGAACAGUUAUUUCCACGAAAGUGCACCUGGCUGUAUGUUAUCAAUAACACCUUAAUGUCCUUGUCAGAAGGGAAAACAUUCCAGCUCUACUCCCACAAUUUAAUAGCUUUGUUUGAACAAGCCAAAAAAACAGGAUUAGCUGCUCAUAUUCAAACCCAUAGAUUUCCUGACAAAAUAUUACCAAGAAAGUUUGCCUUAACGACAAAGAUCCCUGAUACAAAAGGAUGCCACAAAUGCUGUAUAGUACGAAAUCCAUACACAGGACAUAAAUACCUGUGUGGUGCACUGCAGUCUGGAAUUGUUCUACUACAGUGGUAUGAGCCAAUGCAGAAAUUCAUGUUAAUAAAGCACUUUGAUUUUCCUUUGCCAAGCCCUUUGAAUGUGUUUGAAAUGCUAGUGAUACCGGAGCAGGAGUACCCGAUGGUCUGCGUAGCUAUCAGUAAGGGUACUGAACCAAAUCAGGUAGUUCAGUUUGAGACAAUCAACUUGAACUCUGCUUCUUCGUGGUUUACAGAAAUUGGUGCAGGCAAUCAACAGUUAGAUGCCAUUCACGUAACACAGCUGGAAAGAGACACUGUCCUAGUCUGCCUGGACAAAUUUGUGAAAAUCGUGAAUUUACAAGGGAAAUUGAAGUCAAGCAAGAAAUUGGCCUCCGAGCUGAGCUUUGAUUUCUGCAUUGAGUCAGUGGUGUGCCUUCAAGACAGUGUGCUGGCCUUCUGGAAACACGGCAUGCAGGGAAAAAGCUUUAAGUCAGAUGAAGUUACCCAAGAGAUAUCAGAUGAAACCAGGGUUUUCCGCUUACUGGGAUCAGACAGAGUGGUAGUGUUAGAAAGCCGGCCAACAGAAAAUCCGACUGCACACAGCAAUCUCUACAUCUUGGCUGGACAUGAAAAUAGUUACUAA